AUGCUCUGCACGUUCGGUGCCGAAUGUCUUGUUGAUGACACGACCAAUCGAGCUUAUUGCCGCUGUGGACAAACUUGUCCUGAAGUGUUUGCUCCCUUGUGUGGAAAUGACGGUGUCACAUACUCCAGCGAGUGUCAGCUACGUCUGUCUUCCUGUAUUCAACAGCGCCCAAUCUUCUUGGAUCGUCAAGGAGCUUGUGUUGUACAAGAUCCAUGUGAAGGUAAAGAAUGCCGGUAUGGUUCUUCCUGCAAGACAACUCUUGAUGGGAAGUCAGCGCAAUGUGUUUGUGCCGAAAGUUGCUCAUUCUCCGACGACGAUGCUGUCGCUGUUUGUGGGUCAGACGGGAAAAAAUAUCGUAACGCAUGUGAGCUGAAAAAGACAUCUUGCAGAGAAAUGAGACACAUUGAAGUGAAAUUCACUGGCGUCUGUGACCCUUGUGAUGGAUACGAGUGCUUACCUACUCAAGUUUGUCAGUUGGAUGAAAACAGAAAUGCUAUUUGCCGUUGCAACUCCGUGUGUUCACCAGAUUUUCGUCCAGUUUGUGGUUCUGAUGGUAAAACGUAUACAAAUGAAUGCACAAUGCGAGUUGAGGCGUGUAAAUCUCAAAAAAGCAUAAGAAUCAUCUACACAGGAGAGUGCUCAAGUGCAUUUUUUAAGUUAUACCCUAAACCAAUCCCUUCCAAUCCCUCAACUAAUUCUUUUGCAGGAGCAAACCCUUGUGACAACCUCCAGUGCGGAUCGUUUCAAGAAUGUGAUAUUGACAGGAAUGGAAAAGCAACUUGUCAGUGCGAUGACAACUGCGAGUUGGUUGUGAGACCCGUGUGCGGCUCUGACGGGGACACAUACGACAACUUGUGUGAAAUGAAAAGGCGAGGUUGCGUGUUGAAAAAGUCCAUCAAACUCGCUUAUAGCGGCGAAUGCGGAGAAAGUGGACUAUGUCACCAGUACCAUUGUUCCUAUGGUGCAAUAUGCACGGUUAAAGGAAUAUUCCCCAAUUGCGAAUGUCCGACGUGUACCGAAGAAUUCGAACCUGUUUGUGGAACCGAUGGCAUAUCCUACACUAACAAUUGUAAACUAAGAAGAGAAGCUUGCGAACAGAAGUCUGAAAUUGCUGUAGCCUAUACUGGUUUAUGUACUGGUUGUGAAAAUAAAAGGUGCGAGUAUUAUGCAGUUUGUGAAAGUGAUGGACGCGGGAACGGAAAAUGUGUCUGCCCCAAAACUUGCAUAAAGGUUGAAUCUUUAGUUUGCGGAACUGAUGAAAUAACGUAUUUGAAUGAAUGCGAAAUGAGAGUGGAGGCAUGCCGGAAAGCGCAAUACGUUAUGGUAGUUUCUAAAGGACCAUGCAAUCUUUGUCAGAAUGUUCAUUGUAAAUACGGAGCUAGAUGUGAGGAAGGGCGAUGUGUGUGUCCUACUGAUUGCCCACAUGUCUCUGAAACUGUGUGUGCAAAUGAUGGUGUGACGUACAGAAAUGAGUGUGAAAUGCGACAUGCUGCGUGCUUGCACGAUCAAGAACUAAAUAUGCUGUUUUAUGGAGAAUGCGAUGAAGUGGGUGAAACGCAAGACGAGGGAUCUGGGGCUGAAACGGAUUGCGAGGAAAGAACUUGCAAGUACGGAGGUACUUGUGAAUACAACAUCGAAGGCAUGCCCUACUGCGUCUGCGAUUUCAAGUGUCCUUUGGCUAUAGAACCUGUGUGCGGAUCCGAUGGGAAAUUGUAUGAUAAUGAAUGCAGGCUGAAAGAAUCUUCGUGUCAUCUUCAAAAGAGUAUAAUGCCAGUUCAUAUUGAAAUGUGUGAAGAAAUAAGAGAAGUACCUUGCGACGGUGAAGUUCCCUUAUUGGAUCCAGCAACAAAUAAGGAUUACUACUGUGGAGAUGGGAUCGGAUCAAAGCUGUGCCCUCCUGAAAGUUACUGCCAUAAAUCAUCAGCAUUUGCAAAAUGUUGCAAAGAAAUCAUCCUCAUAAAAACAUGCUCUGAAUCCACGUUUGGCUGCUGUCCAGAUGGCAAAACACCAGCUCAAGGUGCGAACGACGCAGGGUGUCCAAGUGUGUGUAAUUGCAAUCGUCUGGGUUCUUACGGAUUAACUUGUGAUCCUAUUUCAAAGCAAUGUUUCUGUAAACCUGGUGUUGGAGGGCCUCGUUGUGAUAGAUGUGAGCCUGGAUAUUGGGGUUUGCACAGAAUAACAGAAGAAACUGAUGAUGGAUGUACACCUUGUGCUUGUGAUUUAUACGGAUCCGUCCGAGACGACUGCGAACAAAUGACUGGUAGAUGUGUAUGUAAACAUGGAAUACUUGGAAUGAAGUGCAAUAUAUGUCCCGAAGGAACUGUACUAGGACCUGAUGGCUGUAUGGAUGAAUCAAUUGCUCAACCUGUUAGUGGCUCUUGUAAGGAGCUAGUUUGUUUCCAUGGAGCAGUAUGUCAAGAAAAAGAAGAUGAUUUAGCCCAAUGUAUUUGUGACUUUAGCUGCUCACCGAAGGAUAACAAAGAUACAGUUUGUGGAUCUGAUGGCAAUAUUUAUAGCUCAGAAUGUCAAAUGAAUCUCUUUAGCUGUCGAUACCAGAAGUCAAUCUUUUCCGUUCCGCUUCUUGCGUGUAAAAAAGUAGAAGGUCCCACUGAUGAAUAG